CAUUGCCAAGCGACCGCACUGCCAAGCUGCUUACGAUGGAGGUGCUAAGCGUGUGCUUUGUGGUCGUUGCUACACUGUCCGCCACUUGGCUUCUCAAGCUCGCUGCACUUUCUUGUAAUAGUAUCAAGGCCAAGAAGCGGAUGGUGCUGCCUCCCGGGCCAUGGACUCUCCCGAUUAUCGGGAGCCUCCACCAUGUCAUCAGCCUUCUCCCGCAUCGCACGAUGAUGGAGCUUUCUCGCCGACACGGGCCGGUGAUGCUUUUGAGGCUAGGUGAGGUACCCACCGUAGUAGUUUCCAGCGCCAAGGCGGCGGCGCAGGUGAUGAAGACUAAUGAUCUCGUGUUCGCGAGCCGGCCAUUAAGCCCAACACAGGACAUCAUAAGCUGCGGCGGAAAGGGCAUCGCCUUAGCACCCUACGGUGACCACUGGCGUCAGAUGCGGAAGGUGUGCAUCCUGGAGCUCCUCAGCUCCAAGCAGGUGAACCGCAUGGAGGGCAUCAGGGCUGAGGAGGUGGGUAAUCUCCUCCGCACCGUCGCCGCCGCGCCGGCGGCCGACCCAGUCAACCUCAGCAAGAAGGUGUCGGCCCUCAGCAACAACAUCGUGUGUCGGGCUGUGUUCGGUAGCAGGUGCACGCGACAGGGUGAGUACCUCCGCGAGCACGACAAGAUCCUCGCGCUGCUUAGCGGUUUCUGCCUCGCCGACCUCUUCCCGUCGUCGCGGUUGGUGCGGUGGCUGAGUAAUGGUGAGAGACGCAUGAAGAGAAGCCACGACCGUAUCCAUCUCAUCAUUGCCGACAUUGUCGAGAGGCGCAAGGCGGUGCGAGCUUCCGGCGACGUUGUCUGCAGCACCGACUAUGAUCUGCUGGACGUGCUGCUCAGGCUGCAGGAAGAGGACUCCCUGGCAUUCCCCAUAAACAUGGAGACUAUAAGCCUCGUUAUCUUUGAAAUGUUUGGUGCUGCCACUGAGACCACAGCAGCCACUUUGGAGUGGGCUAUGUCGGAGCUCGUGGCAAACCAUGAUACUAUGGCCAAGGCACAGUUAGAGGUGCGUGAGCUGCUAGGUGAAGACCGAGCGGUCAUCACCAAUACAAACCUCGGCGAACUCCACUACUUGCAUAUGGUAAUUAAGGAGGUCCUCCGGAUGCAUCCUCCUCUUCCCCUGCUCCUCCCUAGAGAGACCAGAGAGGACAUGCCCAAAGGCACAAAUCUCUUUGUAAAUGCAUAUGCAAUUUCUCGAGAUCCUGAAUAUUGGGAUGACCCCGAAGAGUUUAAGCCAAGCAGGUUUGAAAACAAAAACGUGGAUUAUCAAGGGACAAACUUUGAAUUCACCCCCUUCGGGGCUGGGCGACGGCAGUGUCCCGGGAUGCUGUUCGGCACAUCGACUGUGGAGAUUGUAUUGGCAAAUCUUCUCUAUCACUUUGACUGGGUGCUUCCUAACGGGGCAGGCGCAGAGUCACUAGACAUGACCGAGAAGUCCGGGAUAAUUGUGCGUCGAAUGUCUGCCCUGCAGCUUAUGGCUAUUCCACAUGCAUGUAACCUCUAGUGCCAAGUAAGCUAGGACAGUACCGGUGCGCUGUUACCAAACAGUAAUAAGAUGUUUCAGAGGCUCUGUUCAAAAUCUCAUUAUAUUUAUUAUUCCUCUUGCUCCUA